GCGUGUCCGUAUCGACCCGGAGGCCCUGGACGGCAGCACCCUCGCAAUUCUCAGGCAAGCUUUCACUGUUUCAUUGGCGAACUAGUGGGUAGUACACACACACGUCAUAGGUCUCCAGUUAAAAAUUAUCCUCCAAAUAAACCUCAAUUAACAUCAGUGACAUCGCAGAAUUCGGGAUUUAUCCAGAGGAUAACUUUCAACUGGAGGUCAAGACCCGGACGUGUGAAAAAAUUCUUUAUCUAUUCUAACUUGGAUUGUUUAGUUUGUCCUUUCUUAUCACUCUUAGUUUAACCCUAUGAUUUGAACUUAAUAUAUAAUUUUAAGCCAGUUUCAAAUCAAUUUUCCGCCUACUCACUUUUUCUCUCUACAAAAAAAGAAAAAUAAAAGAAACGACUGACUAAAAAAAAAAUUAAAACAAACGUAACUGAAACAAAAUUUAUUUCUUCUUCACUGAAAUAUUUAAUCUUCGAUAAUAAUAAUAAGAAUAAUAACAACAGUAACAAGAACAAAAAAAAAAAAAAGUGAUAAGGAAACUGGAAACUAAAAAAUAAUCAAAGUUCUUCACUAAUAACGCAGUCGAUUAAAAAGAAACCAUCAAAAUUACCGGACGCGGCGCGUGUGCCAAGUAUUGUGGUCCUUCUCAAUCACCCGGCAACAUUUCAUUCUCCAGCUUCCGCCAGUCAUUCACCACCAAUGUUAACUACCUGAAACGAAGCUUGUCUUCUAGAUUCUCGUCAGGGGACUUAAGCUCGGAACUUGACGAUGAUCCACACGCAGAUCCUGGGAUGGCCACCUUGGGCCGACAAGAUUCAUCUCAAACUUAUCAGGGAAUAUCAGAGAGGCCAUUACAAUCGCAACCAGGUCCACAGCAACCACCUAGUCAACCACCAGUACCAGGUGCACCGCCAAUGAGUGCUCAAACAGGCGGCGAUCUAAGUCUAAAUCUUAGGCCAGGAUCAAGAACAACAAGCGCACCAUCAUCGCCCGCCAAAACAAGGGAGAGUCUUCUUCAAAGGGUUCAGAGUCUCACUGGAGCUGCACGUGAUCAGGGAGCAUCAAUUUUGGGUGCCGCGGUAUCUGGCGCCACUAGAGGUCAAUCAUUUGGCAAAGAUCGCUCGUUGAUUUUAUUGGUGAUCGAUGAUCAAAACACAGACUGGAGUAAAUAUUUCCGGGGACGAAGACUUCAUGGCGACUAUGAAAUUCGUGUUGAACAAGCCGAAUUCCGUGAGCUCUCACUCACUGCAAACGAACAGGGUACCACCGUCUCCAUGGCUGUCUUCCGAAACGGGACCAAGGUUAUCCGGUCGUUUAAACCAGACUUUGUUUUGAUUCGUCAAAAUUUGCGUGAUGCUAAUGAGGAUCAUAAAAAUUUGUUACUUGGUCUAAUGUACGGCGGAAUUCCAAGUGUUAACAAUUUAACAGCAAUUUACAACUUCCAGGACAAACCAUGGGUAUUUGGUCAUCUAUUGGGACUACAAAGACGAUUGGGAAAGGAAAGUUUUCCUUUAAUUGAACAAACAUUCUAUCCAAAUCAUCGAGAAAUGGUGAACGCGAGUCGAUAUCCAGCGGUGAUAAAAUUGGGACAUGCACAUGGCGGUAUUGGAAAAGCUCGGGCGGAGACAAGUCAAGAAUUUUUAGAUCUUUCUUCAUUAGCAGCAAUGACGAAUGCCUAUUGUACUUCCGAACCGUACAUUGACACCAAGUAUGACGUUCAUGUUCAGAAGAUUGGAAACAACUACAAGGCUUUUAUGCGCAAGAGCAUCAGUGGAAAUUGGAAAUCUAAUACUGGAUCGGCAAUGUUAGAACAACUUGCGGUUACUGAAAGACAUCGAGCGUGGGUGGAUCACGUGGCGCAACUUUUCGGUGGUUUGGAUAUAUGUGCUAUUGAACUUUUAGUUGGAAAAGAUGGAAAGGAGUACAUCAUUGAAGUUAAUGAUAGCGCUCUGUCGUUAAUGGGUGACUCUCAGGAAGAAGAUCGUCGUCACAUUGCAGAUUUAGUCACCGCAAAAAUGCAGGCCUUCUGUCGACCACCAGCUGUCUUAACGAAAACUGCAUCCAGAGGGUCGAUGUCAAGCUCCAGUCAAGUGACGAGUCCAUCGGAAGAUCGUGCACCAGUUUCAGCAUCAGCGGCAGCAACAGCAGCAUUGGGGUCCCAUGGCAGUAUUAGCUCAAUAACAAGUGGCUUUGGAUCAGCGGGUUCAACGUCUGCUCUCGUCAGUGAUGUCACUUCUUCUGACAGUCAUCAUCAAUUGCAACGACGUGAUUCACAAGCUUCGCAAUCAAGUACUGUAAGCAGUGUCACAUCGGCUGGUCGUCGUCCAGAGGAACCACCACCCACAAGGGCACCUUUUCAUCGUCAAGGAAGUCAAUCCCAAAGUCAAAAUGAAGAUUCCGAGGAUACAAUGAAAAAUCUUCGCAAGACUUUUGCUGGAAUUUUUGGCGACAUGUAAAAUUCUUUCUCUCUAAAAAAAAAAAUUGAAAAUUUAUAUAUCGGGAGAGAUAGCACCCCCCAUUCAAAAAUUGAUGAUUCAAAAAAAAGCUUCGAACAUAUCGCUAUAUGUAAAGAAAAAGUCUUGAUGAAGAAAAACUGGAUCCAAAAAGGUCAACCUAGUGGCGAAUCCAUUUUCCAAAAUAUUUUUUUUUCAGGUAAAAUUUAAUUAAUUAAAAAAAUUACUAAUUCGACAAAUUAUAUAUUAAUAUUUUCGAAAAUCAAAAUAAUUAUUUGAUUUUCCUAAUUACUAAUUACUAAUUACUAAUUACUAAUUACUAAUUACUAAUUACUAACUAUUGACUAAUAUUAAUUAAUUGCAUUUUGAAUGCAAUUAUAAAAAUUGUAAUCCAAUUAUCGAAUCGAGUGAAGUCCUUUCGAUAAUUUCGAGAAAAAAAAUUGCAAUUUCAUUGCCCAAAAUUUACAAAAAAAAAAAUUAAUGACAACUUUGUCAGGGACAAGAUUCAUCCUCGGAUCUUAUUUCUCUUCAUAUAAAAAAAAAAAAUUAAUAAAUAAUCAGCAAAAACUAAUUUUAAAAAAAUUGCGAAACAAAAAUUAUUGCAUAAAUGAUAAAAAUUCGAAUUAUAAUCAUAAAAUGAUUAUAAAACAUAAAAACAAAUGUGAUUAUAAUCAUUAAAAUGAUUAUAAUAUUCAUAAAAAUGAUUGUAAAACAUUAUAUUGAUGAUUAUAAUCAUAAAAGUGGGAAAAAAAUGAAUUAAUGCAAUUUUUCUCGUUUCUCAAUCAAUUAGAAAAUUUAAAAAAUAUUAAUACAAUAUUAUCGUAAAAUAAUAUUCAAAAAUUACUAUAACGUAAAAAAUUCUAAAAUGAUAAUGCAAAAAAAUUUAUUUGCAAAAAUUAUCAUUCAAAAAAAAAAAAAAAAAAGUUGACACCAAUUACAAAUUGUAAUUAUAAAUUAUAAAUUUCAAUUACUAUAUUGUAAUUAUAAUUAUAAAUGUAAUUAUAAUUGAAUUAAUUAUAUUUUAAAUUUAUAAUUCAAAACGAAUAUUGUAAAAAUAAAUUUUAUUAAAGAGGGUUCAAAAAUAAAGCGAUGAUAAUGAAAGAAAAAAUUAAUUAAAUAUAUAAAGUGACACAGAGAGAUUUGUGAAUGAUUUUUUUUUUUUUGGAUUCGCCACUAAAUGAAAGUUAUUGGCAAAAGAAAAAAAAAAAAAAUAGUUGACCUAAAAGAGGGGUUCGACAAUGAACUUGUCUCUGCUGCAAUCAACAAAUUAUGUUCUCGUUUUACACGACAUAUAUAUAUAUACAAUAUUAUAUUGUCGAUUAUUGGCAGAGAAAGGUCCCUUGACGUUGACCAUAGAUAUUAUAUACUCAUGGUGAUGCGCAAGCAAAUAAAUGUAUCGAAUGUAAAUUUUUAUUAGUGUCAGUCAAAUGAUAUGCUAGAUGCACGUCAAAAAUAGUAGAAAAAAAAAAUACCAAAAGAAGCUUUUUCACUGACAGAUAAGAAAAAAAAAAAAAAAAAAAAAUUACGAAUAAGAUGUUAAUUGUAUUAGAAUGGCACUGGUUAAUCUGAAUUCUGUUAAAUUCUAUUAGAAAAGAAUAAUAAUAAUAAUAAUAAUAAAUAAUAACGAGAAGAGAAUAUAAUCGAGUACAAUACAACGCACGCUUUAAUCUUCGCUACUAGUCUUUUUUUACAAAACAAAUUUUUGCAUUUUUUUACUAUACAAAUAAAAAAAAAAUACUUCAUACUAUCAUUUUAAUUUAUAAAAAUUAUUUCAAAUUUCAUUAAAAAAAAAAAUUUAUAUUUCAUUUUUUUAUUGUUCAUUUUUUAAAUUUUUCAUUAUUUUUUAUAGUUUUUAAAAAAAUUAAACUAGUAGCAUUGUUGUUAGCGUUAUUUAAAAAAAAAAAUGAUAGGAUCACAUACUUUAUAAGCGCACAAAUAGAUUGUAAAAUCUUAAGCGUCUGGUCUCGUCCAAAAGAGGCCCCCCCCCCACCCCCAAACCCCCCUCAGAAGAGCAACGAACGAGCUAUUCAACAUUUUCAGAAAAAUAAUAAUAAUUACAAAAAAAAAAAAAUGAAAAUUUUACCCGAAAGUAGAAGUAAGAAUCGACUGUCAUGCGUUAGAUGAAAAUAAUUAACGAGUUUCCUCUCCAUUAAACAUCGGAGAAUUUAAUUUCCUCAAUGAACCAAAAAAAAAAAUGGGUCUUGAAACGUAAUAAUUUUUUUUUUUAACCCGAAGCGGAAAAUUGAUUUUUAUUCCCAAUUUUUUUUUCGUUUUUCUAUUUUCUAUUUUUUAUUUUUUAAAAUCUGUUAUCUGGUCGUGUACUACCAUUUUUAUUUUAUUCUUUUUUUUUUUCCUCCCUCUUUCUUCUAUCGAAAUAGAAUAUCUAUUACGAUGCCUCUAUUGUGUACUUUUUAUAGUUUGAAAAAAAAAAAUUAUUUUUUUGGGAAAUUUUGAGAAAUGUCAAGUAAUUCUGAAAAUUUUUAAAUUUUCAAAUUUUUCAAUUUAUAUAUAGAAAUUUUUAUCAAUGUAAUAGUAAUUUUUUUCUUUUUAGUGUGCCAGUGUCACUAGGAAUGUUCCAUAUUUACAUUCAUGUAGAAAAUAAUAAUAUUUAAUCACUGUCAACUUACGUAUAUAUACAAAUAAAAGUAAGUUUCUAAUUUUUCUUUAACAAAAAAAGGAAAAUAAAACCCGACUAACAGGGCUAUUUAAAAUUGACAGAAACUUGUAAUUUUUCUACAAUUCCCUAAAAAAAAUAAUUUCUUUUUUUUCUAGUUUUUUUUUUUCUCUCUCUUAGAGAUAUAAGAAAUUUAUUUAAUCAAUAGAAAAUAGCAUUAUUUCAAAAAAAAAAUAUAUUAAUAAAUAAAUAAACAUUGAAAUCCAUUGCAUAAUCUAUAAGGAAAAAAAAAAUUGCAAUUAUUUAAUCUUAAAAAUAAAACAUUGCAAUCCAUUAUUUAAUCGAAUAGUAAUAAAUAUAUAUAUAUAACAUUGCAAUCCAUUAUUUAAUCAAAUAUAUAAUAAUAAUAAAAAAGAAUAAAAUUAUUUAAAUAGAAAUAUAAGGAAAUUCAUUGCAAUCCAUAUUUAACAUCUUCAAGAAUUUAUUGCAAUUUUAUGAAAAGAAAUUCAAUUUUAGUAAUUAAAAAAACAGAAAAUACAUUUUCAACAAAUAUCUUUGAAAAGAAAGCAUUGCAAUCCAUUUUAAAUGUUAUUCGAAUAAAAACAAAAAUCCAUAUAAAUGUCUUUUUAAAAACAAAAUAAUUAAAAUCCAUUGCAAUUUAUUCUUACAUCAAUAUAUAAUUAAUAAAAAAAAAAAAAAUGUGUGUGCUGAAAUUUAAUAAAUGACAAAAUUUUUGCAAUUUUUUUCGGGAGGAAACAAAAUUUUUUCCAUCAGUUUCCUAAUAUACCUGAGGAUGAUUUUUUAAAAUACAAUAAAUUUUAAUAAAAUGUGUAUUUAAAAAAAAAAAAAAUCUCAGGUUUUCCCAAAAUGACAGCGAUUUUUUAUGUAUAAAUUUUGUCAAAGGAGAAUAAAAAAAUUAAUUUCAGCUCGCAUGUAAUUUUGAAGCGCAUUAUAAUAAAAAUUGAAAAAUUUCUAUUGAGAAAAAAAAUAUAAUACGCGAUGAUUUAUAUCUGAAUGUGAAAUUCAUAUGAAACACCGGAAAUUAACUUCCAUUAUAUUUCCGAAAUUGUGGAGAAUUUCAUUUAAGGAUUUCAUCAUUCGUAAUCUCUAUGGAUAAUUUUUUUUUUUUUUUUCUAUAUUUUUGCGUGGAAAAAUUUUUGCAUUAACAUACGAUAUAAGAUAAUAAACAUCAAAAUUUUUUAUGACGAGAGAAAGUAAAUAUUUGUUUUUUUUUCAAUUCAUUUUCACUAGAUACUAAAAUUUAUUUAACUAUUCUAUAAACAUUAAGAGUGCUCUAGAAAAAUAUGCUAAUAAUCCCAACACAAAAAAAAAAAAAAAACUGAUGAUGAACAAAAAUUUUAACAGCGAUUUAAAAUAUUUAUAAAAAAAAAAUGAUAUCUUCUCUUGUAUUAGCAAAAAUUUGUUUGCUAAUAUUUUUUGGUAACAAAAAAAGUUACUAAAAAAUUACUUUUAAAAAUUUAUAUCAUUUUAUGAUAUAAUAAAGGCAAUUUUAUUAUUGCAAUCGAGGAGAGAAAUGAAAAAUAUUGUUCUCAUCAGUAAAAAAUUUUCCUUUCAACUUCUUUAAUCUUCUAUUUUAUGAUUAAAAAAAAAAGAAUAGAAUAGAAAGCAUUUAAAAAUGCCAAAAAAAAUAACAUUUAAGACAAGAUUAUUAAAAUAAGAUUUAUUCAUUAUAUGUGAGUGUUACGUAGAAUAGCAGCAUUCCAAAAAUGAAAAAAAAUCGAAAAAUUCAGAAAAAGCAAAAAAAAAAGAAACAAAAUAA